GCAUGUGUGAGAGUGUGUGUGUGAGAGUGUGUGUAUGUGUGUGUAGUCUGUUAGGCCACAGUGUUGUGUUUUCAUCUCUACAGCAGCUGAACAGACAGAGCAGGUGAGAACAUGAAUCAAGAAAAACUGGCAAAACUUCAAGCCCAGGUCCGGAUAGGAGGAAAGGGCUCUGCACGCAGAAAGAAGAAGGUGGUUCACAGAACUGCAACAGCUGAUGACAAAAAGCUCCAGAGUUCACUGAAGAAGUUGGCUGUCAACAACAUUGCUGGAAUUGAGGAGGUGAACAUGAUCAAAGACGACGGGACUGUGAUCCACUUUAACAACCCAAAAGUUCAGGCCUCUCUGUCCGCAAACACCUUCGCCAUCACGGGCCACGCUGAGACCAAGCAGCUGACAGAGAUGCUUCCAGGCAUCCUCAGUCAACUGGGAGCAGACAGCCUCAGCAGCCUGCGCAAACUGGCAGAACAGUUCCCUCGGCAAGCUCUCGACAGCAAAGCUUCAAAGGCAGAGGACAUUGAGGAAGAGGAUGAUGAUGUUCCAGAACUGGUGGAGAACUUCGAUGAAGCCUCAAAGAACGAGGCAAACUGAAGCCCAUGAGGUUCGUGUGCUCAUGGACUGGACUGCAGUGAAACAAUAAAUCUUUUUAGUCCAGUUAUCCAGACACGUUGGACACUAUUCCCACAGAACCGGAGACUUUUACACUUUACAAUGACCCAGAGUCAGACUGGCUCUGGCUUGUGCACUUAUAAAACAAAUGCUCGGUUGCUGGUAAAAGGUUAAAUCUCUUCACCACAUUUCCAGUCAUGGUCAGGAUUACAGUGGCCAUUAAAGCGAGUCUUAAGACUUUUCUCUUUUUUGUUUAUGAAAUAAAAUAAAAGUGGUUUAACAUU